AUAGAAACUGGAUAAAGCAGCAGAACACAGCCUUGGGUGCCUGUUCCAGGAGGUUGGUGGCAACCUACCAAAAGUUCAGCAGAGGCAGCCCUGGAUCCUAGCUGAUAAUAUAACGAGUGAAGAAGCGGAAGUUUUGCCGAGUUGCCCAUUGAGCCUGGAAAAGGAGGUCUUUUUUACUAGGCGGAGGGCAGGAGAGAAGUAACCACAGUGCUGGAAGGAAUGGAAAAGGUAGCGGGUGCGGUAGUGCUGGUGAACUCCUUCCUCCUCUGCAAUGCCAUCCUGAACCUGACUGGCACGGAUGAGAUUGAAGGAGUGUCGCAGAGUUCCACUAUCUUACCAUGCACCUAUGUACCCUCACAUGGCUUUAAUCAGACAACAGUCGUUUGGACCAUGGAGCGUAAUGAUACCCGUGACACUAUCAUUCAAAGAAAUCUCACUGGUGACCACACUCCGCUAACUCAGUAUAGAGACAGGGUCAGCAUCCAAAAAGAAAUCCUGGGCAAUGUCUCCCUCCAGAUUAAGAAUCUUGAAAUCCCAGACAGUGGGCGCUACACUUGCGAAGUCACCUGGACAGCCCAUAAUGACAGCCUGACAACGAAGAAUGUGACAACUAAACUUCGAGUUGUUGAAGCCAUCCUGGACCUGACUGGCACGGAUGAGAUUGAAGGAGUGUGGAAGAGUUCUACUAUCUUACCAUGCAUCUAUGUACCCUCAGACCACUUUAAUCAGACAACAGUCGUUUGGACCAUGGAGCGAGAUCAGACCCGUGUCACUGUCAUUCAAAGAGAUCUCACUGGUGACCACACUCUGCUAACUCGGUAUAGAGACAGGGUCAGCAUCGAAAAAGAAAUCCCAGGCAAUGUCUCCCUCCAGAUUAAGAAUCUUGAAAUCCCAGACAGUGGACUCUACACUUGCAAAGUCACCUGGACAGCCCAGGACGACAGCCGGACAACAAAGGAGAUGACAACUACACUUCGAGUUGUUAAAGGUCCCGAAGAACCCCAGACGACAUCAGCCAGGAUGGGGACAGUGGCACAGAGUACAGCCACAUCUUAUCUUGACAAAUCUGAAGGUCUCAAAGAAUCCACGACCACAAAACGCAGGCCUGAUCCCAUGGUAUCCGGUACAACCAUAGCCACUUCUCAAAAAGCUGCAGGUCUCAAAGAAUCCACGACCACAACACGCAGGCCUGUUCCCAUGGUACCCCGUACAACCAUAGCCACUUUUCAAAAAGCUGGAGAUCUCAAAGAACCCACAACUAGAUCACCCAAGAUUGAGACCAUGGCAUACAGUACAAUCAUACCUGAUCUUGAAGAAUAUGAAGGUGACCGUAGGAUUGGCCUGCCCCUCUAUCUCAUUAUCCUGAUCCCUGUACUCUGUGUCGCUAUGGUCAUAUUUGUCAUCAUCACCAUCAUCUUUUGCAGAAAUAAAAACAGGUCAAGCCUAUAAUGUCACAUAGCGUGAGCAAGAGACAAGUUGAAGAAAGAAGUUGAAAGCAAGGUAAAAACAAGAAUCACUUUGCACUGAAGACCCCAGAAGAAGAUGGAUGAACUCCAUGUAAAUACAUUGCAUUGUAAUCCAUACCUUGUCUCAUUACAAGAGAUCCUGUUUGUGUGCUA